AUGGGCCCGAAAGAGAUUGGCGAGGCGGCCGACCAGCUUCGGGCCUUGCAUAUCCCGAAUAAUGUUGCCGAGUUGGAGCAGCUGGUGGCAAGCGAAUUCCGCGACGAGGGCGCUGCGGAAUGCGUCGGAAACGCCAUCGUCCAGCACGCCAUUGAGGGAGGGACGAAUUGCUGUAAACAGUCCACAAAGGCAUGCGGUCUUCUGGUGGAUUCUCCAUGUUUCCCCGGACUUUCACGUGGCCUGCACGCAUCCGUUGCCCAGUAUUUCGACUGCAGGGAACGGCUUCGCCAAGAGCAUUUCCGGAUGUGGAUCUCGUUCCUGAAUUUCGUCUCCGAUAUCUAUGCAAAUAUCGGGAAUGCACAGAGUGGCGAGCUGGUGAACAUCGUCUUCCAAGUGUUCGACUACCUGUUGAGGGCGCCCGUCUUGGAGACGCUCAAAAUCGAGGAGCUCGAAUGCCUAAUCGCGUCGCUGCUGAGCAUCGGCUGGGGAUUGGAGCGUGAUUGUCCGGAUCGACUCUCACAGCUGAAGGACCUCAUCCGCGAUGCCUUCAUCGACGUGCACGAGCCGUGGGCGAGAAAAAUGAUCCUGCUGCUCCUCGAGCUGGGCGCAUCCGGAUGGAAGCUGCCCCCCGGACGCCAACGAAUACUACUUUUUACAGGGGAA